UGAGCGCCAAGACCCACUUCAUGUACAUGACCAACCACUGCUCCAAGACCCUCCACGUCAACCAGAGCCUGCUCAUCUCCCUCACACCCAAGGAGCAGCUGGCCAGAGACCGGAACAAGGACUUUGUCCACUGCUCCAUGUCAGUCAAUGCCAGCCGGGGCAUGGGCCUGUACGUGCACUUUCUGCAGAUGGGCAUUUCCGCGUCACAGAGUCACAGCGACUACGUCCAUUUGUACUCACUGUUGCCUAGGAAACGUAAAAUGACACCGGAUGGUGGACUGUACGGUCAUCUGGAUAGGUCACUCUUCAUGUUUGAUGAAUCAGGUGCUAAAAUCGAAGAUUACAAAAUCUCUAAGGGCAAUCUGCAGAUAGAAUAUCUGGGGAUACCAACGGUCACUGACCCAGGGUUCCGUGUGCUGGUCACUGUCUACACAGAGUCGAGUGCCAGCCGAGGCUGUCCUGACGGCAUGUUCUCCUGUCCGUACGCGCUCAUUUGCAUCCCCAAGGGCGUGGUGUGUGACGGUCACUUGAACUGUGGGAAGGACGACAGAGGGGACGAGGGCUGUGACAGAAACGACACUGUCACAAAUUUGUUGGCCAGUUAUUCAUUAACAUGGGACAUAAUCGUGGUCAUUUGUCUCCCCCUGCUGGUGUUCGGGGCUAUCACCGCUGGAAUCUUCCUGUUCGCCUGGCGCUACAUAAAGAAAAAAAUCUUAAAGCCGGAAGCACCAGCUGUCCAGUUUAUCCAGGUAAAUGGUGGGCGUGUCAAAAUAAGAACCAGCCAAUCAGAAUCUUCACUCUGCGCGCCACCGUCCUACGAUGACGUCAUGCUCCCCGCCCGGAGAUCCGAACCCCCGCCUGCUUACAGCUCCCUAGACGAGACUUCCGGUGGCGCCGAGGGUAUAGAGUUAAGGAACCUGAAUUUAGACCUAGAGAGCAGUGCAUUCAAUCUCUCUUUCGUCCCCCCGGAAACCCCGCCUGGUCUUGAAGGCGAUAGCUGUGACGCGAUUCAACGCUACAGAAAUCCGCUGACCCCGGAAUACGAACAUUACCGUCUGCACGAAGUUUGGCCUUCAGACACAGACGACGACGAUGAAGAAAUCAAAGCCAAACGCAGAAAAAAGGGCGGGAAAUCGAAAUCGAAAUGCAAAAACCAACUGGAAAAAUCGUCACCAAAUUCCCAGCAGCCGAUUCGAUUUCCCCUUUUCCCCAAAAAAUCGCCGACAGACAUUGUGCCUUAUCAGAACGGCCACACUGCAAGUUCUUCACCGUCUUCCGUCACUGAGCUAUCACCCGACCACCAGCAUUCCAUAGCUUCCUGUUCUUGUCUUCCAAAUGUCGAAUCCAACCUUUCCAAGACUCCCAAACGCCAAAGACAAUCAUCCUGUGUUCCAUCGGCGCCAACCGUUGACAAGACCUGCGUCGGUGACCUGCUGACUGAAUCCUCGCAGUCGGACGCCUCGUCUUCUGGUGCUGAGGCUGACCGGAAAAGCGAAACCGAAAGUAGAUCUACCAGCAAGAGAACUUCCCCUACAGAAUCCAGCAUUUCAAUCCAUGAACAUUCCAGUUCUAAAACUGAACCCAAUAACACAAUCUUACGUCAAGUAGAAGAUGGUGGCUCAGAUUCAGUGAAAGAGCAAGGAAAUCCUACAACCGAUUCACUUACUAACGGAGUUCACAAAACGGCCAAAACGGCAUUGAGAUCAGGCCAGAUGCUUGGUGCAAUGGGAGGGCACGAGUGCGAUCCCCUGCAUCCGCUUGAACACGGCACGUACAAGUGUAACGCGAUGGAGAAAAGUCAGACGUGCGUCAUGGAGUGUCACCAUGGUUACGUCAUACCAAUCACGCAGAGGACUGCAGAUAACAAACGGAUGCGUCUGAAGGACCGAGGCAUCUACAACUGUACGGAGGAGCCCGGUGGUUUUGUUUGGCUGCCGUCCGUAUUCUUCGACUGUGUUGAGGCCGUUGAACCCGAGGACUUUAACUACAUCUACUUCCUCACCAUCACCCCCGCCCAACCCUGCACACAGCAGGCAGACAGUGCCGGGCAGAGGGCAGAUAUCAGACACAGCCUACACAACACAACGAUACAGCACAUGUGUGAGGAGGCGGGGUGUGUCCUCAACAUCUCCAUGACAUGUGUCAAUGGCAGCUGGGAGACCUAUCUGCUGUUUACUACUUAG